AUGAAGCAAAUAUUCUUACUCGUCUUCGUCCUUCUUUUACAGGUAGCCAAAGCCGAAUGGAACUACACGACAUCACCUCCUCCAUCCAGACCUCUUGACGCCCAGGCGCUGCGGGAAUAUUGCGUAAAUGAUACCUAUCUGACCAUCAACUGGCACGGGGACUAUUAUUGUGUGAGAUGCUCGAGAUGCAACUGGAACAGCUACAUGAUUGCCAGCUGUGAUUCACUACACGAUACCGUAUGCGGAACAUGUCGUGGCAUCUGGGAUCCGGAGAAUAGCAAAAUCCAGGCCGUUCGGGAGCAGUGCCCAUGGAGAACGACACCACGCUACGAGCCACCGACGACUCCGUCAUAUCCGGAUCGGCUCCCGGUCAGGUACCGCUGGACACCUAGUUACUACUACAACCAACUCACGACCCCGUCACCCUGGCGCAAUUACCAGGAUCGGUAUCCCCCCUACUAUAACUAUUACUACGGUCAACGCAAUUGGGAGGAUUGGGACUAUAGACAAAGGCUUGCGCGUAACGUCCGUAUCAUGCUCGGUGCCGGCGCUCUGAUUGCGGUCUUGGGUGCCAUUGGGCUUUACACAGCCGUCGCAAAAUGCGUGAAACACCGCCGCCAGAAGGCGGCGAUCAUCGGCGAUACCGUAAAGAUUCUGAACGAGCAGAUUGAAAAGGAGCAAACCGUCCCGGGCGUUCACGUCCUGGCCUCUUCGUAUACCGUGGUCGCACCACCGGUCCGGAAACGCGUUUCAGAGUUUGACCAGAUGAUCCGGAACUGCUUCCAAACGCUGUGCAAGGAGUGGAUGACGGAAUGCCAUUGGUAUUGUGAUGCGGCGAGAGGGAAGUUCCUCCAGCAACAAUGCAAGGAUUGCCUUGGCUGGCGCGGAAGCAACUGCCUCGAAUGCUUCAACUUG